GACAGCUAACAGAAAUUAAACACCACAGGAGGAACGACGGCGUUCUGACCUUGUAUCAGUUGGAUCACUGAGUAGCUCGAACGAUCCCGUCUCUCUCUAUUCUUUCUCCCUCGUCAACUCACUGACACUGGUUCAACUGCUUCCCUCUCACUGUUUUAGAAAAAAAAGAUAAUGAAGUGGUACUUAGUAGCUUCUCUUCUCACCAUCCUCACCAGUUCUCAGGGGAUAUUAACAACUCUAUCACAGACCAAUGGCAAAUAUAAAUACGAUUACGCCACCAUCCCUUUCCUUGCUGAGGUCUUUAAGCUUAUCGUAUCAAGUGUUUUUCUAUGGAGAGAACGAAAGAAAUCGCCGCCGCCGAAAAUGACAACGGAUUGGAAGAGUGUUAGAUUGUUUCCUAUUCCUUCAGUUAUUUACUUGAUCCAUAAUAAUGUACAGUUUGCUACUCUUAUGUAUGUUGAUACAUCGACGUAUCAGAUAAUGGGUAAUUUGAAGAUUGUCACUACUGGGAUUUUGUUCAGGUUGUUUCUUAAGAAGAAGCUUUCAAAUCUACAAUGGAUGGCGAUUGUUCUAUUGGCUGUUGGAACAACGACAAGUCAGGUCAAAGGAUGUGGAGAGGCUUCGUGUGACUCCCUGUUCUCAGCACCGAUUCAAGGAUACAUGUUAGGAAUUUUGUCUGCUUGUCUUUCGGCAUUGGCUGGUGUUUAUACGGAAUUCCUGAUGAAGAAGAACAACGACAGCUUAUACUGGCAGAACAUACAGUUGUACACUUUUGGUUCAAUCUUCAAUAUGGCACGGCUUGUAGUGGAUGAUUUCAGAGGUGGAUUUGAGAAAGGACCUUGGUGGCAACGGCUGUUUAAUGGGUACAGCAUCACAACUUGGUUGGUUGUGCUAAAUCUAGGUUCUACCGGGCUUUUGGUUUCAUGGUUAAUGAAAUAUGCUGACAAUAUAGUCAAGGUAUAUUCCACAUCGAUGGCCAUGCUAUUGACAAUGGUUCUGUCUGUGUUCCUCUUCAGUUUCAAGCCAACACUUCAGCUUUUCUUGGGAAUCAUUGUUUGUAUGAUGUCACUACAUAUGUACUUCGCACCUCCCCAUAUGCUCGUAGACAUCCCGCCAGCAAUCAAUUCCGAUCCAGAGAGCCUCGUCAAUGUUCCGGUCGAUCGUAAAACAGAUUCAUGAUGGUCACAGCACCUUAUCUCUAAAGUAUGUAAUUCUUUUGCUAUUCUCCUAUGAAAAAAAAAGAAGGAAAAUUAAUUUAUUAAUAUUUCAUUUUUUUUUUUACACAAGGAAAUGAAAUUCAUCCAGUAGGUAAUUAGUAAGAUAUUUAUAGUUGAAACCAUAUGACAUGAUAGGGAUUAGUUGUAACAAAGGUCAACUGAUCAUUUUUUAUUGCAUUUUGAAUUAUUAGUAGACCCUUGUUUAUUAAAAACAUUCAUUUAAAUGUAGAUUAAUUACUGCAGUUUUGGUA